AUGUCUGCCACUAACUCGAAACCCACCGCAUUGGUCACCGGUGCUACGGGGUUCAUCGCCCAGCACGUGCUUGACAAGCUCCUUGCCAGAAAUUACCGGGUUAUUGGUACAGCUAGAUCAGAAGCAAAGUUCACCCCGUUGUUGGAAAACUUCAAGGAGAAGUAUCCCGACGCAGACUUGAGCUGUGCAGUAGUGCCGGACAUCGCAUCACCAGACGCUUUUGACAAGGUCUUGAAGGAGCACCCGGAGAUCAAGUACGUUUUGCACACUGCGUCGCCAUUUUCCUUUGGCUUGGACAAGCCGUUCGAGGAGGCUUACCUCAAGCCAGCGGUCAGUGGCACGUUGAACAUCUUGCAAGCCAUCAAGAAGUACGCUCCACAGGUGACCAACGUCGUGAUCACCUCCUCGUUUGCCGCCAUCAUGAAAGCAAACGACACCACUACCGUCUUCACCAACGAGUCGUGGAACCCACUCAAAUGGGAAGACGUCACGAACGAGGAGGCGGCUUACGUUGCCUCCAAAACCUACGCAGAACAUGCCGCAAGAAAGUUUUACGAGGAAGAAAAGCCAAACUACAAGUUGGCAACUGUGAACCCACCUUUCGUCCUGGGUCCUCAAUUGUUUGACAGUUCCGUCACUCAGGUCUUGAACUCCUCCAAUGAGGCAUUGAACGCUAUCAGCCACGUCGAUCCCUCGGAGACCUCUCCACAGAAACAGGUCUCCCUGAUGGCAGUCGACGUCAGAGACGUGGCCGAAUUCCACGUCUUACCUUUGGAAGUACCAGAGCUUGCAAGCGAAAGGGAAUUCAUUGUCUCUGAUCCUUUGAUUGGCCAGAGAGUCUUGAACAUUUUGAAUGACAACUUUCCGGAGUUGAAGGGCAAAAUCGCCAAGGGUGAUUAUGACAGCGCAGAGAAGUUGGAGAAGGAAUGCUGUCCUAAAUACGAUAUUUCAAGCACCGUCAAGAAGGCUCACAACUACAAGUUCAUUCCUCUAGAAAAAUCCGUGGUUGACGUUUACAAGCAGUACUUAUCAAAAUACACUUUCUCCUAG